AUGGGACACAGACGUUUUGCUCGGUCCAGCGGAUCUGACUCUAGCUCUGGCUCAAAUGAGGCGAAUACCUCUACUACCUCUUCUACCGCUAAUGCAAACAAUUUUCUGGCCAUACUUCUGCAGCUUCUCAAUGCAUUUACCACAACAACAACCACUGCUGCUCCAACUACAACUGCUGCUCCAACUACUACUCCUGCCCCAGGAGGCUCUGGCUAA